GCUCCCAGUCCCUUCCUCUGCCUCCUCCCUGGCUCUGGGUAGCAGCAUCCCUCCUGGCCAAGCAUCACUUUGGGCUUCUUACACUUGGACUACCUCUGCCAGCCUCCCUCCCUGCUCUGUGCCAGCUCUGACCAUGCAAACCCUGCUGUGGCCCCACAACCAUCCCUGCAUGUAGCAUCUAAAGGUCAGGACUAAGCAGGCACCAUGCACUCCGAAGUCAACAUGAAUUCCUGCAAAUUUAUGAAUCAGGACGUUGAGAACAGAAUUAACAAGAUUCCCAAACAUGUCCAGGGCGGCCCGGUGGUGGUUACCAAUCGGACUGUGGUUAUGGCAGAACCACCGAAAAGGAGAAGACAAAGAUACGUGGAAAAAGACGGUAAAUGCAACGUCCACCACGGCAACGUGCGCGAAACGUACAGGUACUUCACGGACAUAUUUACCACCUUGGUGGACCUCAAGUGGAGGUUUAACUUGCUGGUAUUUACAAUGGUCUACACCAUUACUUGGAUUUUCUUUGGGUUUAUUUGGUGGCUUAUCGCCUACAUCCGGGGAGAUCUGGACCACAUUGAGGAUUCCAGCUGGACGCCCUGUGUGGACAAGUUGAACGGAUUUGUAUCUGCUUUUCUGUUCUCCAUUGAGACGGAGACAACGAUUGGCUAUGGCUACAGAGUCAUUACAGACAAGUGUCCGGAGGGCAUUGUCCUCUUGUUGGUCCAGGCCAUCCUGGGCUCCAUCGUCAAUGCUUUCAUGGUAGGCUGCAUGUUUGUCAAGAUCUCCCAGCCAAAGAAACGGGCCGAAACCCUUAUGUUCUCCAACCAGGCAGUGAUUUCCGUGAGAGAUGGGAAGCUGUGCCUGAUGUUCAGGGUGGGAGACCUGAGGAACUCACAUAUAGUAGAAGCUUCUAUCCGAGCCAAACUGAUCAAGUCCAAGCAGACAAAAGAGGGAGAGUUUAUCCCACUUAAUCAGACGGACAUCAACGUGGGUUUCGAUACCGGCGAUGACCGGCUGUUCCUGGUUUCUCCGCUCAUUAUCUGCCAUGAGUUCAAUGAGCAGAGUCCCUUCUGGGAAAUCUCUAAGGAUCAGCUGGAGAAAGAAGAGUUUGAGAUCGUGGUGAUUCUGGAAGGGAUGGUGGAAGCGACAGGAAUGACCUGUCAAGCUCGGAGUUCUUAUGUGGAAAAUGAAGUCCUGUGGGGCCACCGGUUCAUGCCCGUCCUGACCCUGGAGGAGGGGUUCUAUGAGGUCGACUACGACACUUUUCACAACACGUACGAGACGCCGACCCCGAGCUGCAGCGCCAAGGAACUGGCGGAGCAAAACGCCAAAGGAGAGAACGUCCUGAUUUCCACCGGUGGCAAGAACAAGCCCCACCUGGAAAAUCAGGGGCCCGAGAUCACAGAACAGAAGGUGGAGCCCCUAGUGGCCAACGGAGAUAUCAGCAAGACCAAGCUGGAAGUUCCAGAGUGAAUAAAAUGAAUGACUGGAUCUUUUAAACAGCAAAUCAAAAACUGUGCCUGUUAUCUUUUUUUUAAUGGGACACUGCUCUUACACAGAGAGGCCAUUGGUUAAACUCUGCCAUGUUGUCCUAUGUCGUGCCAUAGGUGGAAGCCAUUCUGUAUGUCCCAGGUCCAUCGCAUAUGGCUUUUAUGUAUUUACAUUGAUGGAACAUGUGAUUCUCUGGGGCUUUAAAGGUCUAAACCCCCCCCCUCUUAACUAUAAAGAGUUGCCAUGAAGCUUCAGGUAGCAACGGUCUCCUAGGAACCCCUCAUUCACUCAUGUGUUUCCUUUAUUAUUACGGUGCCCCCCUAAUUAAUUUAUUAUAUUAAAGCAACCCUGACAGCAUGGAAAAAUGCAUGCCGCCAUUACACCUACCCGUAAUAGCCCCCGGGCACCAUUCCUUAUUUCUUAUAUUAAAGGGGAACUCCACCCAAAUAUAUUGUUUUUUUUGCACAGUGAAAGAAGACCUUGUUCUUAGGAAUGACAGAAAUAUAAUGGGGUACAUUAUUUUUGUAUAAUGCUAACUGGCGACAUCACUAAGUGGCGUUUAUAAGGAACGGCUCGCGGUGUUGUGCGCGGUUAGAAGAUCCUUGUGGUCAUGUGACUCACUGAAACUUGUAUCUGAUGAGAAAUAAUGUACCCUAUUAGAUAAUUUAGAUAUUAGAGGUCAUGAUUGAGUUCCCUGGCACCUAUGGCUCAGCCCAUUGCCUUUUUAAGUCUGUUAGUUCCUCGGCUGGUUAACCCUUUGUUUUCGUUUAUUUUAAAGGGCAACUUGUACCCUCAGCCACAAAGCCAAAAUGCAACUGAUUUCCCUUAAACUAGCAGUAGAAUACAGGUAUGGGAUCUGUUAUCCGGAAACCCGCUAUCAAGAAAGCUCCGAAUUAUUAAAACUGAUUUUCUUUUUCUCUGUAAUAAUAAAACAGUACCUGUACUUGAUCCCAACUAAGAUAUAAUUACCCCUUAUUGGGGCAGAACAGCCCUAUUGGGUUUAUUUAAUGGUUAAAUGAUUCCCUUUUCUCUGUAAUAAUAAAACAGUACCUGUACUUGAUCCCAACUAAGAUAUAAUUACCCCUUAUUGGGGCAGAACAGCCCUAUUGGGUUUAUUUAAUGGUUAAAUGAUUCCCUUUUCUCUGUAAUAAUAAAACAGUACCUGUACUUGAUCCCAACUAAGAUAUAAUUACCCCUUAUUGGGGGCAGAACAGCCCUAUUGGGUUUAUUUAAUGGUUAAAUGAUUCCCUUUUCUCUGUAAUAAUAAAACAGUACCUGUACUUGAUCCCAACUAAGAUAUAAUCCUUCUUGGAUGAAAAACAAUCCUAUUGGGUUUAAUUAAGAUUUUAUUGAUUUUUUUAGUAGACUUAAGGUAUGGAGAUCCAAAUUACAGAAAGAUCCCUUAUCUGGAAUACCCUUGGUCCUGAGCAUUCUGGAUAACGGGUCCUAUACCUGUAUAAGCACAUCAUCUGUUUGCACUCAGAACAUCCCGUCUCCGUAUAUUUGUGUUUAUACAUAGGGGGUGGGAGCUGCCAUAUUGUUUUCUUUACACCAAGGUCUCCUAACCUUGUGUUCAGGGGAACCAGAUUAUGUCUCAGAGACAGCUCCGUGACCCGAGAGUUCGUUUAGAAUCAAUGACUGCUUUUAAUGACGGCCCUUCGCUAUAGGCAGACAUCUCUCUAAAUAAAAGGGAACCGUUGCAUUGUGGGAGAUGAUGGGAGCUGCAGUCGGACCCACAGCGGGGGCAUUCGAUACACUGUGAAUGGGGAAUCCAAUUCGUGCCCAUGUUUGUGUCAUUUCAAGCAAAAAUAAACCUUUCCUAUAUUAAAA